CUCGCUGUACGUGUCGAGGACAACAACUCACUACCUCUGUCUCUAUCUGCCCCUCUUCAGGAUUCUGCGCAGCUGAUACUUCGAAUAUCAUCUGAUACCUGCAACAAAGCGUCAUUUCAGCACCACGAGUUCAAUCCAUCCUGUCUAAAAUGACUCGCAUAUUUAUAUCAUAAAUAACACUUACAAAUAAGGUGGAAAAUAAACAAUAGGCAGCUACAACAGGUAGACUUUAUCUUAUCUUUGCGAUGUGACCAUGACACUUUUUACAUGAAGAACGAAUAGAAAGACAUAGUUUAGUGAUAGCUAUAUAGUGAUAUGCUUGGAGUGUCUUUGCGUGUCUUUUUUGCCAAUGAUGUCUAAUAUCUAGUCCAACAGUCAACUUUUUAAUUUAUUAUUAAAUACUCAUACUUGCAUUCACCGCAAGCAUACCAUUCGGCCAAAAUGACUCUGUCUUAUAAUAACGAGACAAAGAGUGACAUAUCAGAAUCCCUUGAGGUCUGUGAACUCCAGGGUCCUUACAGAGAUUCAGAUGGUUACUACAAAACCAGAAGUUUGCCGGCUCUCAACGGCGGCUGUCCCAUUAUUCAAGAGACGUUGGAACCGAGGCUGGUCAGCACGACGCAGACUCCAUUACACACUGACCAAUAUUCUGUAUUCAAUGAUCUGCAUCCCAAAACAGACUCUUGUGACUUGGUUUCACCUACGAGAACUGACUUCUCCCCCUCUGUGUCCAGCACGGUGGGGCUUAGUAGCUCUUUGAGAACUGAGACCAAUCGAACAGGUGGCAAAAAAGUAGGCUUUUCGUUUGUUAGAUUCCUUCGUUUUCCUGUUAGGAAAUAUAUCAGGGUGAUUUUUUCCGACUCUAGGUGUUUCUUAUUCUGUAUGUGUUACUUGACGUUCAUCCAGUCGUUGAUGGUUUCGGGGUAUCUAAGUAGUGUCAUCACCACCAUAGAGAAGAGAUACAGUCUUAGAAGCUCUGAGUCUGGACUGCUGGUUAGCUGUUUUGACAUCGGGAGUCUGCUUGUGGUGGUCUUCAUCAGUUAUUUCGGGGGACGUGGACAGAGACCCCGCUGGCUGGCGGUCGGCGGGGUGUUCAUUUCAGUGGGAGCGGCUCUGUUCUCCCUUCCGCACUUCAUCUCACCGCCCUAUCAAAUCCAGGAGGUCAACUCCUCCAUGGGGAACGAGGGCCUGUGCCUGAAUGGCAACGGAAGUAGAAGGGACUCCAUGGAUGUGUCGUCCUGUCCGCGGGACCAAGAGGGCAACGAUCAUUCCGUUUACGUGGCCCUGUUUAUCUGCGCCCAGAUCCUGGUGGGCAUGGGUUCAACUCCCAUCUACACACUGGGACCGACGUAUCUGGAUGAUAAUGUGAAAAAGGAGAAUGCAUCUCUCUACCUUGCUAUUAUGUACGUCAUGGGGGCACUGGGACCAGCUGCAGGAUACCUGCUAGGAGGUGUCCUGAUCGGUUUCUAUGUGGAUCCCAAAACCAUUAUCAAAAUUGACCAAAGUGACCCACGCUUUAUUGGCAAUUGGUGGAGUGGGUUCCUGCUCUGUGCUUUUGCCAUGCUGUUGGUCAUCUUUCCCAUGUUCACAUUCCCCAAGAAACUGCCCCCUCGCCAGAAGAAAAAGAAAAAGAAUGGAGCGGACAACACCUCCAAUGACGACGACGUCUUUAAAGAGAAGUCCAACAGCAAGGGCCAAACAGUCACGUCCUCCAUGGGCUUUGGAAAAGACAUCAAAGACCUCCCAAAGGCAGCUAUACGGAUCCUCAGCAACAUGACGUUCCUGUUUGUGAGUCUGUCCUACACGGCCGAGAGCGCCAUCGUCACAGCUUUCAUCACCUUCAUUCCCAAGUUCAUCGAGUCACAGUUUGGAAUCCCCGCCUCUAACGCCAGCAUUUACACAGGGGUGAUCAUCGUGCCCAGUGCAGGGGUGGGCAUUGUACUGGGCGGCUACAUCAUAAAGAAACUAAAGCUUGGAGCUCGUGAAUCCGCCAAGCUGGCCAUGAUCUGCAGCGGAGUGUCUCUGCUGUGCUUCUCUACUCUCUUCAUCGUGGGCUGUGAGAGCAUAAACCUGGGCGGCAUUAAUAUUCCUUACACCACAGGGCCGACCCUCACGCUGACCCAUAGAAACCUGACAGGGGGCUGUAAUGUGAACUGUGGCUGUCGGAUCAACGAGUAUGCUCCUGUUUGUGGCUCUGAUGGAAUCACAUAUUUCAACCCCUGUCUGGCGGGAUGCAGCACAGUUGGCAAUGACAGCACUGGGAUCAGAAACUACACCGACUGUGCGUGUGUGCAAAGCAGACAGGUUAUAACUCCGCCCACCAGCGGCCAGGGUAACCAGCUCCAGCUUGUCAUCGUGAAAACCUACCUGAACGAAAACGGAUUCGCUGUGUCGGGGAAGUGUGACCGCACCUGCAACACGCUUAUACCCUUCCUCAUCUUCCUCUUCAUCGUCACGCUCAUCACAGCUUGUGCGCAGCCCUCCGCCAUCAUUGUCACUCUCAGGUCAGUAGAGGAGCAAGAAAGACCAUUUGCUUUAGGAAUGCAAUUUGUGCUGCUAAGAACUCUGGCCUACAUCCCCACACCCAUCUACUUCGGGGCCGUGAUUGACACCACCUGCAUGCUCUGGCAGCAAGACUGUGGCGUUCACGGCUCAUGCUGGGAGUAUGAUGUCACUUCCUUCCGCUUUGUCUACUUCGGCCUGGCAGCCAGCCUCAAGUUUGUGGGCUUCAUCUUCAUCUUCCUCACCUGGUAUUCUAUUAAAUACAAAGAGGAUCGCUUGGAGCGCUGGCAGCAGCAUCUCCCCCCGCUGGGCACAGUGAGCGAACUCAUCUGCCACGCUGGAGGCCAGAAGAGCCACGCUCGCACCCGCUCCUGCCCCGUCUUCACUCCCCGUCCCGAACCUCCCGACCAGCCCCCUCUCAAGCGUGGACACUGCAGCCAGAGCUGCCCAGGAAACGCCCUCAAAGCAAUAACCCCACCCCCUCGCUCCCUGCAGGCCAUGCACUGUCACAUUUAACGACAUGCCCUGAUUCGUCGCUCCAUCUGCCUCCAUGUGCCUUCCUGUCAGGUGUAAUGAUGGGACUGACCUCCACCUGUUUCUCUGCUCAUCCCCGCGUAGCUUCAGGGGCUCGCCCCGCUUACGCAGAGAAUUGUGUCUCUGUAACGCGCCCAGUACAACUCGCAGAGUGCUUGUUGUAGAGGUGUGUGGAAGACAUGUUUUGGUGCUAAAUUGCGAAAUUAAGGAGGACUUUAUUUUCUGUAUCCUUGAUGAUUAUAUCAAAGAUGUUCCAACAAGCACAAAUGGAAAUCAGGACUUUGCAAAGCUGUAUGACACGACAGCCUCCAGGAUUUUUCGCUUUCUACUGAAUUAUUUCCAUUCAGAACAGUGUGUUCUGCAGCAAGACCGUUCUCUAUGAAUGUUACUGCGAGAUCUGUGAAAAACGAAAGUCUGCGCUGGAGUUAAAAACUCACUUCUGGAUAGGUUUGGAGCUUUCCCCUCUCUACUUAUCACAUAGUGCUAUAUUUUAAAAACAGUGCCUGAAACUGCAGUGAGGUCUGCUAGAUAACAGAGCACCGAGUGGACCACUGAAUUUCAUUUUGGAGACUGAGCUAGCAUCAUCUUCCUAUUUAUGACGUCCGUAAUCAUUUUGUUUGUCUGCAGUUGUCAUUGUUAUGAAAGUUGACUUCAGUGUUGACUCGUGGUUUUGUAAUACAGAGCAAACAAUGCAUACUGUAGAACAAGAUACUAGCAUGUUUUAGCUGUCUGUAUUUUGGUGGUCUAACAUCAGGGGCCUCAUUUAUAAAACGUGCGUACGCACAGAUUUGAUCAUUAAAAAUCCACGGCAACGUUCAUAUUUAUAAAAACGGACUUUGACGUGGAAAAGUGCUUAGCGCCACGUCAGGGUCUGAGCAGACGUACACACUUUUGCCUGCAGGUUUUUGGAAAGUAAGUCAUUCUUGCCGCUCGUAAAGGAUUUGGACGUUGACUGGCGCUCUUUCAUAGGCUAUAUCAAUAACAUUCAUUAGACAUCAUUAAAAGGCGGAAAUCUGAAACUGUUAUGCUGCGUGCAAUUUCACGAUCAUCUAGGAUGGUUUCUUCAUUUUAUAAAUGAGGCCCCAGGUCUUGAAAGCUUGGGAUGUGUUUAAAGAGGAAGAUCCGAGUCAAAUUUGUGUGUUUAAAUAACGUAAACAGCAAAUAAAAAAGAACUGUAAAAUGUAUAAACCGGAUUCACACCAGAUCCACAAGUGGUUUGACAUUCAAAUUAAAAUCAGAUCACUUGGAAUAUGUCUCAGUUUGACCGAUCAAAUCAGAUUUUAAAAGAACAGUUCACCCAAACAUUAAAAUUCUGUCAUCAUUUACUCCAAAUCUGUAUAAAUAUCUUUGUCCUGAUGAACACAGAGAAAGUUAUUUGGAAGAAUGCUUAUAACCAAACAGUUCUUGGCCAGCAUUGACUGCCAUAGUAGGAAAAAUUGCUUUAUAAAUUUCUUUGUUCUUUUGAACACAAAAGAAAAUAUUUUAACAGUUGUGAGGCACUUUUGACUUUGUUUUUCUACUCUGCUAUGGUACUCAAGAACUGUUUGGUUGUAAGCAUUCUUCCAAAUAGCUUUUGUUCAUCAGAACAAAGAAAUUUGUGCAGGUUUGGAACAACUCACGGGUGAGUGAAGGAUGAAAGAAUAUUUAUUUUGGGGUGAACUGUCCUUUUGAAGGUAUAAUUCACCCAAAAAUGAAAAAUCUGUCUUGAAUUACCCAAUCUCUUGUUGUUCCAAACCUGUAUACAUUUCUUUGUUUGGUUGAACACAGAGAAAGAUAUUUGGACGAAUGCUUGUAACCAAACAGUUCUUGGACCCCAUUGACUACCAUAGUAGGAAAAAUUACAAUGGUAGUCAAGAGUGCCCCAGAAGUGUUUGCUGUCCUACAUUCUUAAAAAUAUCUUCUUUUGUGUACAACAGAACCAAUAACUCCAUAACUCCGUUUUCAAAAUUGUUCAAAUAUCAUGUUUUUUUAUUGUGCAUUCCAAUUAAUAUCAAUCAAACUGCAGUUGGAGUGUUUUGAUUUAGGCCAUAAUAACUAAAAAAAAACUGCUAACUAACACAGUAAAACACAAUAAAAACACGAUAACGUUAUAAAAAGCAUGAUUUUUGAAAAAUCUAAUUUUGGAACUAAACUCUUCAUUUUUUCCCAAUAUGGUAGUGGUCCAAGAACUGUUUGGUUAUAAGCAUUCUUCCAAAUAUCUUUCUCUGUGUUCAACAGAACAAAGAAAUUUAUACAGAAUUGGAACAACUCGAAGGUGAGUCAAUAAUGACAGGAUUUAUAUUUUUGGGGGAACUGUCCCUUUAAGUAGUUUAUUCCUCAUUCAAAAAUGGAAACAAGCAACAUUGUGUAUUGUUAGAUGAAAAUGUUGGAAUCAUGUUUAGUCUGACACUAUUAUUAGUAACAUAGUAAUGUAGAUACUAAUAUUAACUAAACUGUCUGAAAUGCAAAAUUACUUCGCUUUUUUAUUUAAAAGCAAAUCAAUGCACAAUGUAAACAAAGUCACAGCUGGUCAGAAUUCAAUGCUGCUGUUAGCAUCUGCUAAAUUCAAGUACCUGAGCAUGUCUGAGCAGCUUUAAUGAUAGCAUCUGUAAAGCCAUGAUAGCAUUUGUAAUGCCACAGCAAACUCAGAGUACUUUGAUACUACAUCUUGAGUUUGGGUGCUAAUGUAUAUCAGCUGAUGUAUCUGCAAAAGCAUGUGCUCUGGCUAAAGCAUAAUCCACAAGCAUAUUUUUAUGCACUAACUAUAUUAUAUUAUAAUGAAAGCUCUACCUAAUAUGCAAACCUCAACUUUUUAGUGGCCAAGUUUAUCAUUAGACACUUUUCUCCGUCAGUAUUGCUGUUUUAUAUUAGACCAGAGUCUGGUUCGGUUAUGAUAUAUUCACCAAAUUUAUGCAGGAGGACUAAUAUGGUUGUUAGAUUAGUUAGAGCCUAGCAAACCAACAACAUAAUCACUGGAAAAAAUUGAGCCCAUGCUGUAAUAAUUUUAUAUUUAUAUAUAUCUCCACAUUAAGACACUUUUGUAAACGACUCUCAGAACCACAUAAUGAGUUCGUACUUUUUUCAAACCAAUAGAAACUGUUUACUGUCAAAGUGUUUUUCUUGAAUGCUAUGUAUUUAAAAUGCUGACUCCAGUAUUUUGAUGUGAAAUUUAAACUUGGGCUGUAAGAAAUCAACGUCAGGUAUUGUUUCAAGUUGAAAUUGAUUGUUCAUGUUUGUGAAAUAUAAGGACUAUGGUGAAAGUCUGUAUACUCUUUAGAAUUAUUAUGAGAUCUUGAUUAUGAGAUCCCACAAGAUCUUGUCUUGUAUAAUGUGAGCCAUUCAUAGAUGAUCUGAUUAAAACCAAUGUUGAAUGAAAGCCUGUGCUGCCACACAAAAGCAAAACGCAGUAGGCCUACCUACACAACACUGGAAUGUGCACAUAAACACAGCUGUGAUGGAUCCGUGUUUAUUGAUGACGUGCAUUAGGCCUAAUGUAUUUCAUUAUCAGAUCUUCCUUAUCUGUAUCUGUGUAAUCUAUAAUGAACGAGCUAUAAAGCUAAAAUUUGAGGGGCCUAUUGAUUUCAGGUCAGUGUUGAAUGCCAGCGGUAACUCAGUUUGUCUGUUGCCAGUGCAAUCAAUCAAUCGUCAUGGGAUUAAGUGUGAGGCAAGAGAUGUCCAGGGGCCUUAUUUAUAAAACGUGCAUACACACAGAUUUUAUCGUAAAGUGUGCGUACACAAAAAUCCACGGCAACGUUCAUAUUUAUAAAAACGUGCGCAAGUUCCUUCUAUGAAUCGCACAACGGUUAUAAAUGAGGCCCCUGGACUGUCAUGUAGAUACUUUAAUUCUCUCUUGAUUCUUCAAUAUUUUAUCAAUAUGUAUUUAUUGAAAUAAAGAAUUAAAGUGCUUGUUCCUCAGAAACAAAGGCAGUUUUCUUUACAAACAUCUUAGGUUUUCCAUAAUGUAUCUAAACUUGUACCUAAUGUCUGUCUAUAUGCACUGGUGAAAUAGAAUUCUGUACUUUAAAAAAUGCUAACAGUGAUAAAAAAUAUCAGGAACGUUUCGUAAAAUUCCUUUGAUUUACAAGGCGUGAGGUUAAUCUGACCAUAACCGACAACCAUAUAAUGGGCAAAUAAGAUGCACUUUUGAACCUUUAUUUGUAAAACAAACGUUAUAAGAAAAUAUAGGCAAAAGAUAACAAAAGAGUCCUUGAUUUUAAAGGGAUACUUCACCCAAAAAUAAAAAUUCUGUCAUGAUUUACUCAUCUUUGAGUUGUUCCAAAUCUGUAUAAAUGUCUUUGUUCUGAUGAACACAGAGAAAGAUAUUUGGAAGAAUGCUUAUAUCCAAACAGAUCUUGGCCCCCAUUGGCUCCCAUAGUAGGACAAAUUACUUUUUUGUUUUGUUCUGUUGAACACAAAAGAAGACAUUUUGAAGAAUGUAGGACAGCAAACAGUUCUGGGGCACUUUUGACUACCAUUGUAUUUUUCCUACUGUGGUGGUAGUCAAUGGGGGGCAAAAUCUGCC